UGUUACAAGUUCUGUGCUUCCACUGUUUACGGGACAUUUCUCUCUCUGACAUGUGGUGCCACGAGGUAGACUGAAUCCAAAAUUAUUUACCUGCCUUCCUUUUAUCAACGACGAUGUCCCUUAGGCGGUUUGAGGCCGGUUUAGUGUUAGCGUUUUUGUUAGUUUGUCUGGAUGAGGCUUUGAGUGAGCUUUCGAACAAGACAGGACACUUAGUGGUAGCACAGGAUAGUGAUAGAAUUAGUACGAUUAAAUCUGUCGCGGAAAACAGGACUUUUGAUGGAAAUAACACUGCGUUAGAGAAGCGACGAAGUCGCGAGGGUGGCGGUGGUGCAAACGACGAGAAACAUGGGACAAAUAGCGUACAAGGUUCUCGAAAGAAGAAGAAAAGCAAACAUCAAAAGAGCUUCAUGGAAAAGAUGCUUCCAAUGAUGAUCAUCCCCUUCCUGGUGUCGACAUCUAUGAUACCGAUGAUGCUGAUCGGACUUAAAAUAAUGAUCUUAAAAAGUGCGUUUAUAGGGAAAAUAGGAAUUUUACUCAUGUUGCUUAACAUGUUUCGACGUAGAACUAGCGGCGAAGGAGGAAUUUUUACUCACAACGUCAACGCCAAUGAUGUGGCCAUGGAACACUAUGGAUACCACGGAGACGAAGAGUAUGGGGUCUAUGUAAAUUGAAGGAGGAGAAAAUAUAUAAUUGGCUAUUACAGGCAGUGGUUAUGUCACAGUUGUGCUGAUAAAUGUUUUAAUUUCCAAGAGAUUUUGUUGUUUAUGCCAAAAUGUCAUUUCGGAACAUUUGUGAUUGUCCUAAUUUUUUCUUGUUAAUUGCUAUUUUCAUUUCAAACAAUUUAAGUUAAUUAAAAAUAAACGGCAAUCAAAGUCAAGUUUAAUGGUUGGAAAAAAUAUGCAAACUUUUCAAAAUACAGGCAAAUUAGAACAACACUCUACCUCCAAAUAUCUCCACAAAUCAAACCGGUUGGAUAAUCUACUAGUUUUAAGUUAUUUCAUCACUAUGAAAUGAUUUUAAAUUAACAAAUUAUCUAAGGCUAUUAUCUAGUGUAGUGAAAGUACAAAGUAUUUAAAUAUUUUUAUUAUGUAUUUAUUAUAAUAGAUGAUUCUGUAUGAAAUUAUAUGGA